UCUGCUUUGUGUUUUGUUUCUCAUGUUCACGCCUUCGCUGUUUCCUUCUCACAUUCUGUCCUAUGUUCCUUUUUUCGUGGACUGAACACCCGUUUCCCCGAAGCAUGUUUUAUUCCAGGACGUGCAGGGUAUUUCGAAUAUGACAUGAAAUUUAUGCUCCGGUUCGAUUUUAUAAUUAACGAGUAAUUGCCUGAGUUCGUCACAGCAACAUCACGUGACCACUGUGAGGAGCAGAACGAACGGUCAGGGUGGUUUUGAGUCCCAGCUGGACUGUGAUUGGCUGGGGCAGCUGUCAGUCAAACAGAGCCGUUUCUGACAGUUGCAGUGACAGUUAUCUGGCGUUCAUAUUUGGACUUAACUUAAACAUGGGCUCCAACAAAAGUACUAUCCCACCUAUCCCCAACGCACAGGAGCUGAUGCAGGAGACCGGAUUCUCAGCUUCUCACAUCCAGAGUCUGUACGAAAGGUUUGAGCAACUGGACCAAGACGGAAGAGGAGCUCUCAGAGUGGAGGAUUUCGAAGUGCUUUCAGGGCUGGCAGUGAAUCCAAUCAAAGACAGGAUCAUUGGAGCCUUCUUCUCUCCAGGCUCUUGUCUGUUUGCAGAAAAGACUCGGUGGACUUUCCCUCUUUUGUUCGGGUUAUGGCUCAUUUUCAGUGGAGCGGCUCCAACCGGAACAAGACCUCCUCCCAAGACGCGUACAACAGCCCCAACAGCAAACUACGCUUUCUUUUUCAGUUGUACGAUCAGGAUCGAGACGAGAAGAUCUCCAGAGGUGAAAUGCUUCAGGUGCUUCAGGAGAUGUUGGGGAUGGAGGACGAGCAGCUGCAGAGCAUUGUGGAGAAGGCCAUUCAAGAGGCCGACCUGGAUCAGGACGGAGCCAUUUCAUUCGACGAGUUUAAGAAGUGUUUAGAGAAAGUGAACAUUGAUGAGAAGAUGAAGAUCGGGUUCCUGUGCUGAAAACACUCCGUCACACUUCAGAAAGUCAUCUGCACUUUACAUUUUUUAUUCUGUUAUACUGACAUAUUUAUAUAAUUAAAAAAAAGCCUGACAUUGAAUCUAUCGUGAAAUGAUUUCAAUAUGACAAAAUACCUUGAAUGUAUACACAUAUACCUGAGGACUCGAGGGUCUCUCCCUAAACCCCAGCCCCUGCAGACAAUCCUGAGCCAGUGCUAGUGCAGCCUCUGCAGCUCAGGGAGGGAUUUCUGGAGGUUCUGAUCUUUCACGUGAGGCCUGAACAUAAACUGAGAAUGAGACAAAUCCAGGAUGUGCCUUCUAUCUACAGGUUAAGAUUCUGGAGCAGGGGUCUCUAACCUGUAGCUUGGGAGCUACUAGUACAGGGACCAUCAAACUUAGGCUCACGGGCCAACUCUGGCCCUCCAUGCCCCUUUGACUGGCCCUAUGAAGCAAUCCUAGAAAGUUGUCAUGGCCUAUUUUUUUUUUUAUUAUUAUUUUUGGCAAAUAAGAACAUGUUUGCAUCUUGUAUUUUGUUGUUUUUUUUUUCCAAAAAAAAAAAAAUUAUGAAGUAUUUAUAUUUCAAUAAUUAUAUGACGUAUUUACAUUUGCUGCCUAAUUUUUGUAACCUGACAAACUCAAGAUCAAACAGUGACAGUCAAGGCACGUGCAGGUCUGUAGUGCAGUUAAGGACAUUAGUAAGACCCACUAGUAACAAUAAACACACAUGAGGCAGGAAUGAUGUGUUGAUACAGUGUUGUGGAUGGCUGUCAGGCUCGUCACUUCUACUACACAGUGAGGUCAGCUGGUGGUCAGUUUGGUCUGGGCCAUACAUUUCUGUUUUAUGACCUACCUGACCCCGGCCCCUGUCACAGUCAAGAGUGAUAAUGUGGCCCCCAGAGAAAAUAAUUUGGUGACACCUGUACUAGUACCUCUCCACCCGUUUUCAAGUAGCUCACCAAAGGAUUUCUGAAUUACACAUGUUGUACUGAAUGAGUAAAAUGUGAUUGAUUAAACGCCUAUCACCAUUG